CGGUCCGCCCAUCCAGCCAUCCGUCCAUCCGUCCAUCCAUCCGUCCAUCGGUCGGUCCUCCCAUCGAUCGAUCGGUCCACCGGUGGGUGAGCAGGUGAGCGGGUGCGGCGGGCCAUGUGCCCGGAGCUGCGGAUCUACGCGGCGCUGCAGGAGCUGGACGAGGGGCAGCUCCGCAGGUUCAAGCUGCUCCUGCAUCAGGCGGGCGGGAGGCCCCCGGGCUGGGGGGUCCUGCAGGCCGCCACACGCGAGGAUCUCCCCGGCCUGCUGGCCGCCCACUACGCCGGCCGCGCCCUGGCCGUGGUGGCCCAGGUCCUGCGCCAGAUGCCCGCCCUGCAUCUCCUGGACCAGCUGCACGGGACCGCGCCGGGCGAUGCCACCCGGGGACCGCAGGACACCCCCGGGGAGACCUCCGACCCGCCGCUGACCACGGACGCCGGCGAGCGGGUGGUGAGCCAGCGGCAGUUGAUGCGGUUGGCGCGGAAGCUGGGGCGCCAGUGGCGGGAGGUGGGCGUGGAGUUCCUGGGCCUGCGACGGCACCAGCUGGACGGCGUGGAGGAAGACCACGGCACGGUGGGCACCCGCGUCUUCGCCAUGCUCAUGCUCUGGAGGAACCGCGAGGGCCCCGCGGCCACCGCCUCCCGCCUGCUGCGCCUCCUCAGCCAGGACGACUCCCCGGUGGACCCCGAGGCCCUGGCCGAGCUGCUGGACCGGCCCUGAACGGCGGAUGAGGGAACUGCGGCCCGGAGAAGUGAAAUGACUCGUCCAAGGUCACACGGCGGACAACUGGCAGAGCCCGGAUGAGGUCUUUCCCACUCCAAGAGGUCCGGGCUUUAUCCUCCUAGGUCCCGCUGCUUCCCGAAGGACGGCGGGAGCCGGAAUCUUCCAAAAGGAAAUCUUUUUUUUUUUUUUCCAGCCGUCUUUUUACCGCGACCGUAUUUUUAUUUUUCUUACGAUUUCUGUCCCCGCCAAAGAGGCGGGCAGGCCACGUUACCGAAGUGCUUAGCUCAGUGCGUCGCACCUAUUGGCAGCUCAAUAAAAAACGUCGUUUUUACUA